AAGAACUUUAUAAAAAAUGAGUCAAUUUUUAGUCGAUUUUUUUUCUUUAGUAUACAUAGAAGAAACAAGUCGCUCUUUAUCUUUAAUGCACGCAUACGCGCACACCAUGCAUAAAACGCAAUUUUGCAAAAGUAUGAAUCGGAAUUACACAUGUUUUUACCAGAAAAGUGUUGUAAACAUGGGUUAUUUACGAUUUCGAGCAACGAAAUAUCUGGCUGCGGAGAUCAUACGUGCGACGGAGCCGCUUCUAGAGAAUGACGUUUCCAUCGUGAGCCUGGACGAGAGGGCAAUGACCGCAGGUCGAUACUUUGAAUAUCCUGAGGAUUAUGUUUGCCGAAUGUUUAAAAGAAGUAAGCACACACUGGGAGAGAGAAUCAGCAAAGAGAGAUGACUUCAAUGCGGACCUCGUGACGAUUGCGUGCACCGUACGUUUGUGCUUGCAAACUUCUUUUUGCCAAAUGAUGCAGCGAGGGGCAAAGAAGGAAGGAAGGAAGGAAGGAAGGAAGGAAGAAAGAAUGUGUCACGUGCAAACGUUCCUUCGUCUUCACCACAUACCGUAUCCUGUGAAGACUAUACGGUGAAAGAUGAAAUGCAUUUUAUGUAUAUGCUUAGACAUAUUUUUAUAGUUUGCAUUAAUAUAGAAUAAUUAAAUUUGAUUUUUAGAAAUUAUUGUGCCUUACUCGAAG